GUAGGACAGUAUAUAUAGUUAUGCACUUAGAAUUCAUAUAUACACGCACAGACGAUUUCUCUCCCGCUUAGAUUGGUCUUCUCCUUCUCUAUAAUACGAGAACUGGUGGUUCGAUCGGCUCUUGGCCUCGUUCAAUUGCGGGGUUUAUUAUUUCUCGAUUCUCUUCGGGAAUUGAUGCAACGGGAAAUAUUUAAUCAGCAGAAUUCAAGUGAAUCGCCUACUAAAGAAACUUCUGCCUCAGCUUCCCUAAGGAGACUGAGAGGCCAAAUGUUUAGUCCCGGUAAUAAUUUAAGCCGGGGAAGCUCGAUGCCGUUGUCGGAUAUACCGCCGUUGCCCCAGUUCUUACGUUUGGAACCAAUUACAUCAACUAAUCAGAAAUAUACCCGUUCUGGCGAGCUGAGGAGGGUUUUGGGAGUUCCUCAUGGAACUACAUCUGAGGACCAUUCUUUUGGAGUUGCUCAGCUUAAACCUCCGCCUCCAGUGGCAACUGAGGAGUUAAAGCACUUUAAAGAAAGCAUACAAGAUGCUUCGAGACAGGCCAGGGAUCGGGCCAAAAUGUUGCGUGAAUCUAUAUUCAAAUUGGAGAAGUAUAAGGAGGCCUUAAGCACAAGGAAGCGGCAGAGAAGCGAUCUUUCAUUUGAUGAGAGGUUAGUCGGAUCAAAGCUAGCAAAU